AUGGGACAUAAGUCUGGAGUUGGUAGAACAUUCUUCUUUAAAACAAGCAAACCCUUUGCACCCUUUCCCUUUCCAUCCUUUCAACCAUUUCAUGAAUCCCAAAUACUCUCCACCACCCACAAUACCUUCUGUCGAGGACAGGAACCAACUCUCACAAACUCUGAGCUCAAACGUGAGUUUACAUCCCCAGAUCAGAACGCGCUUUUUUGUUUACUCCCUCAUAUGAAAGACCAUAGGCAUCACCAACAAGCACCUAUCUCCAGUUUCUUCUCCAAGAGACCUAAGGAUAGAAAAGUGGUGGGUACCACAACUCCAGAGAAGUUGGGAGUCAAGAGAUCGGAUUCUAUACUAUCAAAAGCCAGUAAUAAUGAUGGAUUUGAUGAGUUUGGUAGUUCUGAUACGUCUUUUGAUUCUCCUGAACUAAAUAACUUCAGAAACCCGUUAUUGAACAGAAAUAUCACUCAAACGUCAACAAAAGGGUUUAAGAAAGUAUUAGUGGACUUAACAAAUAGUGCUGAAAGUCCUGAAAGACCAGCUCCUGUCAAAAGGGGAUAUGAUGAUCUUCUUGGAACAUUGAACAGUAUGGGGAGUAAGAAAUUGAAACCUACGUUUGUUAAGCCUAAAAUUGACACAGAAUUCACUUCAGAUGUGUCGUUGAGUAAGGAACAAAACGUGGUUUUGACUCAAGUUGUAGAUAAGAAGAAGAAUGUAUUUUAUACUGGUAGUGCUGGUACAGGUAAAUCGGUCGUAUUAAGACAAUUAGUUAAACGUUUACAAGCAAAAUACGGAUCGAGUCUUGUAGGAGUGACGGCAUCUACUGGAUUGGCAGCAUGUAAUAUCGGUGGACAAACUUUGCAUAGAUUUUUGGGUAUAGGAUUAGGAACAGGUGAACCUAAAGGGAUGGCUAAAUCAAUUAAGGCUAAACCAAUGUUACAAAAACGAUGGAAUAUGUUGAAAGUGUUGAUCAUUGAUGAAAUUUCUAUGAUCGAUGGGAUUCUUUUCAGUAAACUUGAAGAGUUAGCCAGAUUAGUUAGACAAAAUAAUAAACCUUUUGGAGGUAUUCAAAUUGUCUGUACGGGGGAUUUCUUUCAAUUACCACCUGUAGGAAAGAACCAAUCAGCCAAAUAUUGUUUUGAAGUACCCCAAUGGAAUCAAGUUAUUGAGAAAACUAUCCUUUUAACUCAAGUCUUUAGACAAAGUGGUGAUAAUGAAUUGAUCGAUAUGUUGAAUGCUUUAAGGUUUGGUGAUUUGGAUACUCAUAUAGUUGAAAAGUUCAUGAGACUUCAAACAAGUAAAAUAUAUGAUGAUGGAAUUGAACCAACUGAGUUAUUCCCUACAAGGGAAGAAGUUAAAAGAGCUAAUGAUAGAAGAUUACAACUGCUUACCACCAAAUCUCGGACUUUUGUUGCCACAGAUAAAACUUUCGAUGUCUAUGAUAGUAAACUCUUAGAUAAUCUUAUGUGUGAACAAGUAUUGAUCUUGAAACCGGGAGCUCAAGUGAUGUAUUUGAAAAAUAGAGAUGAUAAUAUAGUCAAUGGGUCGAUUGGGAAAGUGAUUUUCAUGACCACUGCUGAAAUGUAUUUAAAAAUCCAGGAUGUUUAUGGUGAUGCAUACCUUUACGAUGAAUCUUUGUUACAAGAAAUCAACAUGUUGAAUGAAAGAAUCGGACAAGUCAAAGAAAUCACUCCUGAACAACUGAUCAUUUAUGAUCAAAUGCCUCCUGAAAGACAAGUGAAAUUCGAUGUCUUAAUGAAAGAAGCUCAAGAAGAAACCGAUACUGGGAUCUUUCCGGUGAUUAACUUUAAAGAUAAGUUCGGUAAUGAUUCUGUAGUUUUUGUCACACCUGAAGAUUUUACCAUUGAAGUAGGUGGUGCUGGUGGUAAAAAACGAGAAAUCACUCGUUCCCAAUUACCCUUGUUAUUAUCGUGGGCCAUGUCUAUUCAUAAAGCUCAAGGUCAAACCAUUCAAAGAUUAAGAGUAGAUUUGAGAAGAAUUUUCGAGAAAGGUCAAGUUUAUGUAGCUUUAUCAAGAGCUGUUAACAAAGAGAACUUAGAGAUUAAGAAUUUCGACCCUAAGAAGAUCAUGGCCAGUACUGCCGUCAAAGAAUUCUAUUCAACUUUAGAAACCUUUUAA